AAGUGCUGUGGGCGAGUAUAUCAGAGGAAUGGCGACUGAGGAAGUUCCAUUAAAAACAACAGGGCGACUCUCAGAGGACGUUACUAAGUUCUGACUCACUUCCAGCAAAAUGAGCUUGUUGUUGUUUUGCGUGUUUCUGUCGUGUGUGCCGUUUUGUUCCUCAGCUGAGAGGAAUGACAGACCCAUCAUCGGUAUUCUGGCUCAAGAUAUUCGUUCACCCAAACCCAAUCAGUCAUCUUACAUCGCUGCCUCCUAUGUCAAGUUCCUGGAGUCAGCAGGAGCGAGGGUUGUUCCUGUCAUGAUUAACCAGACACCAGAGGAGUAUAAGAGACUGUUCAACUCCAUUAAUGGGAUCCUCUACCCAGGUGGGGCUGCCAGCAUUACCUCAUCUGGCUAUGAAAGGUCUGCAAGAAUCUUCUACGAGCUGGCUAUUGAGGCAAACAAGAAAGGCGACUACUUUCCCAUAUGGGGCACGUGUCUCGGAUUUGAGCAGCUGGCCUAUUUGACCAGCGGAAAGCCGGUACUGUCACGCACCAAUACGACCGGUGUGGCUUUGCAUCUGGAUUUCACGAAGGAGGCCAAUAGCAGCAAGAUGUUUCAGGACUUCCCAGCAGAACUCAAGGAAGAUUUGGCCUCUGAGCCGCUGACAGAAAACUCUCACAAGUGGAGUGUGACAACGUCGACUUUCAACUCAACUGAGGAGCUGAAGGCGUUUUACAAAGUUCUCUCCACGAAUACAGACGGACAAGUCGAGUUUGUGUCAACAAUGGAAGCUUAUGAUUAUCCAAUUUAUGGGACACAGUGGCAUCCGGAGAAAAACGCAUUUGAGUGGACGAAGCCUUACAUUCCACACUCUCCGUCAGCAGUCAGGAUCACCUUCUACAUGGCCCAAUUCUUUGUCAAUGAAGCAAGGAAGAACAUGCACAGAUUUGAAUCUGAGGAUGAAGAGAGCAAAGCGCUGAUAUACAACUACAGUCCUGUUUACACUGGGAGAGAAAGCAGCUUUGAGCAGAAAUAUUUUUUCUGAUGUUUGUUUGCGGAGUGUGUCUCCUUUCUAACUGCUGACUGACAGUCUCAAUCAUGUGACUUACGAAUGUUUACAGAUGAUUUGAUUGUUUGAUUUUGCCUUUGCUGCUUGCACAGUCUGUUGCAUCUGCAACCAAACCAAAUAGUUAAGUGGAAAUAGGACAGAUUUAUAAAUAUAUAUCAUAAGUCUCGUUGUGGGGCAGGAUUUAUAUAAUGUCAAAUCAUGCUUUGUGGAUGCUGUAGCUGGGUCUACAGCUUAGUUAAUGUUACAGCAGACACUGUUUAUAAUGAUCUUGAAUGUUUAUGAUCUAUAUUUAUGUAAAAUGUACACUCAUCAACACAAAAUGUAAUUUAUUGAUUCAGGUCAGGAUGCUAGUUUCCAUGAGCAUGUUAAUGGUAAUUCCCAGUAUGUGAUAGCCCCCUCAAGUGAUGUUGUUGCACUAGCUAAUGUUGCUAACACUUGCUAACAAACACUAACAUUCCUAACACUGGCUAGCGGAACAUGUUAUGUUAUGUAUCACGCUCAGGAUUCAUUGGAGACAAAAAGUUUAUGCAUAAAUAAAUAAUUACAGAAAAGCAACAAAACAGCUGAGCCAAAAAAGACGUAACGGCUGAUAAAAUAUCUAUUUUUUUAUUCUAACAUUUACCUUCAUGCCACAUGUCUGACAUCAAUCUCCUUCUAUGCUUUGGAUAACAAAGUUGAGCGUCUUGAAAAAGUCCUCAACCACUGGCAAGAAAGUUCGAUGUUGCCAUUGGCAAUUAUAAAGUCCACUUUCAAUCAACUCAGUUCAAGGACAGCAACAGGAGAACGGAAAUGAAUAGUCAAAUGUAACUUCCAAAAUGCUUUAUGCACAAAUAACACUCAGGUAAUAUUGUUUCUUUUUUCAUGUUCUUUUUUUUUCUCUUUAGAAUAAAAUGAUAUUUGAAUAACAUUUACACAUCAAGCUGACGAGACUGGGAUCUCAAUCACAAUACUACUGGAAAUGUAAUUUAUGCAAUCCAGUACGGAACAUUCAAUAUGUCAAAAUUACCAUGUGGAGCUGAGCUAUGGGCGGGGAUAGUGCUGCAAGUAACCUCUUCAACAUGCACUGAAACGUAACACAAAUGGCCAUUCAAAUAAAAGAAGUGGAAAAUUAAA